AUGUACGCGAUCCAGGUUUUGUUGACGCUGUUCACGUUGCUGCAGGCGGUUACUGCUUUGAAGCUCAAAGUCGAGGCGAACGGAGAAGCGCGUUGCAUCCGCGACUUUGUCUCGAAAGACACGCUUGUGGUUGUGAAUGCUCGGAGCGACGGGUUCCAGGGCGACGGCCAGCGCCUGUCCGUUGUGGUAAAGGAUAUUAAAGGUAACACAUAUGGUUUCCGUGAGAACAUGGGCGAUGUUUUCCGCGUUGCAUUCACGCCCAGCUUCGACACCUCCUUUGACAUUUGCUUCACCAACAACAAGCAGGCUGGUCGUGGAGGCCAGCUGAGUCGUCAAAUUGACCUCGAUGUCGAUAUCGGAGCAAAUGCUCGUGACUGGGCCGCCGUGCAGGCCAGUGAAAAGCUCAAGCCAGUUGAGCUUGACCUCCGCCGCAUCGACGAGGUCGCUGAGGAAAUCCAAAAAGAGCUUGCUUACCUCCUGCUCCGCGAAGAACGCUUGCGUGAUACCAACGAAUCCACCAACCGUCGCGUCAAGAACUUCUUUGUCCUCAUUAUUCUCGCAUUCGUUGGCUUGGGCGCUUGGCAGAUUCAAUACCUACGGGCCUACUUCCGUUCCAAACAUAUUAUUUAG